GUAUGUAAUGAUUUUUUUUCAGCACUUGAAAAUUUUAAGCCAGCAGAGUUUAGCUGUUCAGUACUUAAAAGGUGAUGAUGUUGGUGUGGCGAUGAUUGAUGAUGGAAAUGGUUUUCCAUAGGAAUGUUGUUUUAGGAAACUUGUAUUUUUUCCCCUUGGUUCAUGCAUGCAUGCCCUUAGAGAACAGAAUGCCAGGCACAAUUGUUGUUCAACUGACCAGCUCAUGACCAUCACCACUACAAUUUGACCACUGAUGACCAUACAGUUUGGACAGAAGUGACCUGUCUGCCUUUGUUAUUUAUUGACACUGAUGUAAUUUCAUUGUACCUGUCAAUGUGGGAGGUGAGAAUAAAGUUAAAAGUUUCUUAUGUCCUGGCAUACAUUACCGACAGGAUCCCUAUCGACAGACCAAAACAGUGAUCUUAUUAGAUAACGUAGCCUGUCUCUGGGUCCACAGUUGAACUAUGGAUGACAUUUGAUAUCCAGUACACAAAACAUUGAAGUUAAGAAAAUUGCUAUAUUUAUUUGUCUUACACGCAGUUCUGCACAUACAGAUGUGAAGGCUUUGGGAGCAGAUUUGGAUCAUAACUGAAGAAAUGAUGAAGAAAUGAUAAACUUUACUAUUGUUUGCUGUGACAGAAACUUGUCAACCCGAGUGUCACCGUCAUUCAGUUUGUAGAAUGAAGUACUGAUACAUUUGCUGCUUAAAAUAGUACCAGUUGAUUAUCAUGCUAUCAGUUUUGAUAUGUGAACCAAGACAAGACAUAACUGUUACCCAACAUAUCAUUUGAUGGGAAACCAGACAUUUGGAGGUAAAAAGAGGACUACAUGCAAUCAAAGAUAAACAGGACCUUGAUAUUACCCAUAACACAGGAAUCACUUUAGGAAACUAGACAUUUGGUAUCCAAAAAGAGGAAUUUAACAGGUGAUACGGUCAACCAAAGGUGAACCCGUACGUAAAUACCUGAGGAUGGCAUUUAUUAAGUCAACGAGUGCCAGUGCUCUGGAGGGCCUCAAUAGCACUGUCACGGAGAUUGGAGGACUGUUUGAUAAAUUACGGAAGAAGACCUCGAGUGACGAAGGUAGCAGCAUCAGUGGCAGUUCCAGCAGUAUUGUACCCCAUGCACUCAGCAGUCUCUUCACCCCAGAUGAGGAGAGGAAGACCUUGGUAGAAACCAUGGAAGAGGGCCAGCCCCAGGGAGAUCUCAGGCAACACAAUGGGUCUGGGACCCCAUCUUCUACCAGUCUGUCUGCUACUACAGAGAGCUCAUCCACCAAUGUGACCUCUGCAAAAAGUGGUGACACCGUCUCAGAAGCGGAAGACGCAUCGGAACACAUCGAUGUAGCGUUAGUCGACAAUCAUUCCACUCCCACCAGUGACCGAAGUUCCCUGGGGAAUUCUCAUGAGAAAUUGGCGGGGAAAUGUCCCGAAGAUUUUUACGACAUAAAUAGGCAAUCAGCCAAUGACAGUGGAGGUGGGAAAAGUAGCACAUCGCGAAGCGUUGAGAAGAAAAAGAAAGGGAAUACUUGGUAUAAUGUAUUGAGCCCCACCUACAAGUCUAAGAGUGAAGAUUUGAAGAAACUGUUUAAGGAUGUUCCAAAUGAUGAGAGGCUGAUUGUUGAUUACUCCUGUGCCCUUCAGAGGGACAUCCUGACCCAUGGCAGAUUGUACAUCACACAGAACUGGAUCUGCUUCUAUGCCAAGAUCUUUGGCUGGGAGACUGCGAUAACAAUCCGCUGUAAAGACAUAACCAGCAUGACCAAAGAGAAGACAGCCCGUGUGAUACCAAAUGCCAUCCAGAUUAUUAGCAACAAUGAGAAGUACUUCUUCACGUCGUUCGGAGCCAGAGACAAGUCGUAUUUGAUGAUGUUCCGGGUGUGGCAGAAUGCUCUUAUGGACCAGCCAAUGACAGCCCAGGAGAUGUGGCAGUGGGUUCACCUCAGUUACGGAGAUGAGCUUGGUUUGACGUCCAGUGAUGAUGACUAUAUCCCACCAGAAGAAGAAACUCCCAAUACUUUCAUCUCCAAAGAUGCUUUGGACGAGGGUGGGGAAGAAAAGACUGACAAUCCAGAGGACUUAAUGGGGAAGAUUUCCCCAACUGAUGCUGUCUCUAUGACAACCACAAGUAACGAGGAUCUAUACGACCGCCUUGCGCCCCCCUCACAGAAUGGCCUGAUUAACCUGGGGAUGGUGAAGGCAGCGUCCUUCGAUAACCCUGACAUGCCCACUGACUUCUCUGACGACUCUGAGGAAACUGAAGGGGAUGUGGUGUGUACAUGUAGUGAACACAGAGGGAUGAAAAUCAUAGAUGAAGUCUACAACAUCUCUGUAGACCAAAUGUAUGAGAUGCUGUUUACAGACUCCAAGUUCUUCAGAGAUCUACUGGACAGGCGGAAAACAUUUGAUUUGGUGCUCACACCGUGGCCAGAUGAUGCAGAUAGAGAUGGUACAAAGAUGAGGAUGAUUUCCUACACCUUAACCCUCAAUGCUGCCUUUGGGCCCAAAACCUCCCCAGCCACGGAAAAACAGUUGUGGCUUCCAGAGAGUCGUCCAGGUGCCAUGUAUCGUAUAGAGUGUGAGUGUAUCAACAGUGCUAUUCCCUAUGGUGACAGUUUCUAUGUGGUCAACCAAUACUGUAUCACCCGUGUUCACCCCCACCGCUGCCGACUGCUGGUCCAUAGUGAGAUACGGUAUAGGAAGAAUGUGUGGGGGCUGGUCAAGAAUAUAAUUGACAAGAAUUGCACUGCUGGGAUCAAAGACUACUUUAAAACACUCGUCCAGUGUCUGAGGGAAGAAUCAGAAAGGCCCGGUGCACCGUUUAACAUAGAACCUACGCCAUCCAAGAAGAGAGUGAGGCGGCGGCGACGUGCGCACAGUCGAGCCUCAGAGGUCCCUGCAGCGACAUCUACAGUUGAGACCAAUCACAUCACAGUUCCAAGUCCUGUAUCAGCUCCAGGGACAGACCUGGACAAGUUCAUGAAGACAGAUGUGGAGUCCAUGGUCAAGUUACUGGCUGUGGUGUUAUCAGUACUGUUGCUGUUCAAUGCCAUGUUAUUCUACAAGAUGUGGACUCUAGAGGGGGUGGCCUCCAACCUGUAUAUUGGGGACACGGAGGAAGAGCUGGCACACCUCAGCAGUUAUCCGAAGUCACAAGAACAGUGGGUGAAACUGUUACGUCAGCAACAGCACUUACAUGACGCGGAGAUAGACAAAUGGAAGUCCAUACUGGACACGUCUGUCUUAUUACUGGGAGAGAUGAAAAGCAACUUAGAAGUCCUGCAGCAGAGCCUAUCAGCAAGGUACAGUUCCAAAGUGGAUCAGCCAGCAUGAGAUGUCUUUUCCUAUUGAAUAGUUGAGCAAAAGGUGAUCAAAGCGAACCAAUAGUAUUUGUCGUCUCGGCACAUGCAUGGAUCUCAAGUGGCUGGACCAAAAUUGGGUCCCAUGCAAGCAACCUUAAAAAUACAGCAAGUUCUGAAGAAAAUUUUGAAGACCUUACACCAUAUAGAUGAAAAAUAGGAACCAUUAGCCUCUUUUCUAACACUGGCACCGUUUUCACGUUUAGAUAGUAAUGUCAACACCUAAAAGGAAAAGGAAAAUAGACAUGUUUGAUCUCCUAAUGCACUGAAGGUGGAAGGAUUUAAAGUGAUGUUAAACAUCAUUCCUCAUACCGGUAUGUGUAAAGCUUCAGUGCCCCAUGAAGUGUUCAAGUGAUGUUUGUGAUGUCCCAUAUCAAGAAGUUCAGUUUUUGAGGAUGAGAUAUUUACUCAUAUUAUAAGAUAGGAAAUGCAAAAUGUGCCGCAUUGGCCCUGACAUGGGGAUGUGGGGGAAAAAGUGAACGAAUGAAGAGUAGUGAAAAUGAGUAUAAAAACUGUGCAUUAGUCUCUUAUUUAUUGAAUACUAUAAUAUAAAGAGUCAUUGUGAUAUAGCACCUGAUAUAAAACGAUCAAGUUUAAAUGUGUUAGUGUAAUGUACAAUGCACUGUUCCCAGUUGUUGUCAAUGACAUUAAUGAGUAGGUAGACUGGGAUUUGAAGGGCAUUAUUUCCAAUGUCCAAGUUAAAAAAAGUCCUGCCAGCAGGAGCGACAAAGGGCUGAUAAGGAUAUUUUUUCAGCUAAUAAGCUUCAAGAAAUCCAUUCUCUGUCAGCAUCCCUAGUAGAUGGGUUACUUGUACUGCAAUUUAUCUAUUGCCUGAAAGGAAAGGUCUUGUUAGUUCUAGAUUUAUUGUGUUAUAAAAAAACUUACAUUAUUGGCUUGAAAUGGGAUUUAUUAAUCCAGCUAGCAUCAUUGUGAUGUAAACUGAUAGUUUACCAUGUGUAGCUGAGGAGGAUGCCACAUAUAAGAAAUACUAAGGAAAAGGAAAAGAAAAAAGUUCAAAUCCUGCCUAAAAAUAGUCCUAUGUCCAUCAGGAGGAGGCUUGUGUCUUAAUAUACUAGAAAUCACAAGACGUCCAAGCUUGUUGAGGUGUUAUAGAUUUGAAUAUAGAAUCUUACAUAGAUCCAAAGAUGUAAUGGCAUGAUUAUUCAGCCAAGUGAAGUAAUUGUCUGAAACAUCUGAAGUUAAUGCUUUCGGUCCACUCUGAAGAAAAUUUUGAUCUGGGCUCUAUGAGUAGAAAAAGAACCCCACUUGGAAACUGUUGGCUACACUACAGUACUGUCAGCUAUGCAUCUUGAGAUGUUUGUAAGGUACCUGUCCAUUAGUCUUGCAAAUAUAAACCUGUAUAAUCAUGCUGUCUUUAAUGAGCAUGAAGUUAAGGAAUAGGCAGGGCAUUCUACUCAACAUGCUAAUUAAGAUGUCUCUCUUUCUUUCUGUCUCAGAAUGUCUAAAAUUUAGAUAUUUGCAGUCAAACUUGAUGAACUUGAUUUUUUUUUUUUUUUUUUUGUGAUCUCGAGCCCUUUGCCAUGUCAUCUUCUAUUUGAUGUUUAUAUUAAUAAGAAGAAUUGUAGCUGGCCAAAACUGUAGAAUGUCAAUAAGAUGUGGAAACUUGAACUGUCCAGGCAGGUUAUAAGCAAAUCGCACCAAAAUUAAAAUAAAAGUUGGUAUAUAUAGGAUACAUUACUUUUCUUUCAGAUUCUCUUCAAAAUGACAUGCCCACCACAAUUGUUAAAUGAAAACAUCUUGUAAACAUAUAAACAAUGUGGCACAAUCAUAAGUAUGAAAAUCAGUAUUGAGAUAACAUGAAGAUAUAUGUAGAUAAUCAUAAAGAUAUGUUAUAUACUGUUUAUGUAGUUGGCAAUUGCUGAAUAGAAUAUUCCAUUUAAAAUGUAUUAUAUUAUUAAAUUGUACUCUUACAGAGGGAUGCAUGACAAAAUGCUGGUUUUAUGUUGGAUAAGAACUGAAGUUUUUUCUCGAGUAUGAUUUCCAACCUUUUGCUGCAGUUGAGCUGUCAUUCAGAAGACAAAGAAAUUAAAAUAUUUAACUUGUAAAUAGUUCCAAUGAAAAAGCGAUCAACUUUGUAAAAAAAACGGUAAAGUUUAAUUUAUUGUAGUUGCAUUUUUUUUUCACUAUAUCAGUAUCAACAACCAGUUGCAGAAGGUACAACUUUCAGUGUCUGUUGUUACAGUAGCUCUUAUUGGUUGUGAACACGAGAUUGUUAUAAGGAUGAGUGCAUGAAAACUGAAUGCCAUUUCAAAAUGGGUCAGACUCAAGAAAAUAAAGAAAUAUUUAAUAACUACA